AUGCCGGGACAUGACCGUAACGAGGCAUCGCCGGCUACGCCAGACCCUCGAGAACAUGCAGCCGAAGAUGUAGAGGAUACUGACAACCCGGGCCUUGACUUGCUUUCACUCUCCCGAGCUGUCAAGGCUAGGAAGGCUGAAUACACUCAACGACGCACCGUCCGUGUGAAAAUUGGAACUUGGAAUGUUGCCGGGAUCCCCACCACCGAGAAGGACAUUGGCAAGUGGUUUGUUCACGGGCAAGGCGUGUGUGAAAGGUUUUCCGGUUUAAAAGGCACGCAAUUCGAACAAGCGACCUCAAACUCCGACCCGAACUCAACAAACGAGGACCCUACACGAGAGAAGCCUUUUCGAUACAGCCCGGAGGAGGUGGAUCUCUAUGUCCUUGGAUUGCAGGAGGUUGUGGACAUCUCUUCCGCUACCGGCGCUUUUUUCACCGAUCCUGGCCCACCGAAACGUUGGAAGGAUGCCGUUCACAAAUCAUUGCCUUCGGGAUACCAGCUUGUCGAGGAUAUCCAGCUGACUGGUUUACUCCUUGUUAUCUACGCCUCCCCCGCCAUCACGGAAAGCAUUUCCUUUAUUAGCAGCACAUCCGUCGGCACUGGGUUGAUGGGAUACAUGGGAAACAAAGGCGGUGUUGCCACUCGUUUAGUUCUCGGUGAAACCACCCGCUUGGUCUUUGUGAAUUCGCAUCUAGCUGCGGGCUCUGACAAAAGCAGUCUGGAACGGCGCAAUUGGGAUGCCUCACAAAUCCUAUCACGUGUUAAGUUCGAGUCCGUUGAUCCGGUUCCGAAAUCGCAAGAGACAUUCGACAGCAUCGGCGAUGAAGAUUUCACGUUUUGGUUCGGUGACUUGAAUUAUCGACUUGAUGACAUCCCUGGCGAUGAUGUUAGGCAGGUCCUUGCACGUCAUACACUCAAUGCGUAUGAUAUUGCGCGCAUGGAGGAGAAGAAAUCGGGUAGUCGUCGGAGUUCAAUUACGGGGUCAGAUGACAGCUCCCUCUCUUCGCCGGUCGCAACCCAUAACGAGGAGCCAGAGCCUGUAACCGACGAAGAAAUCGAUCCGCACAAUGAUCCUGCAUCUCUACAAACCACAAUAUCAUCCCUAGUUGUACAUGAUCAGCUACAUUCGCAACAAAGAAAUGGUACGGCAUUCCAUGAAGGAUGGCGGGAAGGUCAAAUUACAUUCUUGCCUACGUACAAGUAUGAUGUUGGAAGCGUGGCGACAUUUGACUCUAGUGAAAAGCAUCGUGGUCCCAGCUGGUGUGACCGAAUCCUCUACCGUUCUCGGCGGGACAAAAUUAAGCAUGAACAACUUGAUCGUGAAGCACAGGAAGCCCGAAAACGCGACCAGGAGAUGCAAGCUCGCGGACUCGACAAAGCUGUCGCAGAUGACAACGUUCUUUUCGAUUAUGACCCCGAGGUAGAUGGUCUGGAUCCUGGCGCUGACGCGGACGACUACGAUUCGGGCGAGAAUCAGGAUGACAAUGCCUCCGUUUCGUCCGAGGAAUCAGCAUCGGACUCUAUCUACCUCGACCAUUAUGUGUCUCAUCAAGGCGUGCUUUCGUCGGAUCAUAAGCCACUAGAAGCCGUCUUCACGUUAACAUUUGAUGCAGUGAACCCUAGUCUCAAGGCCAAGAUACACCAAGAUAUUGUCCGCCAACUUGACAAAGCGGAGAAUGAGGCUCGACCCGGUCUCACCGUUGUGGUGGAUACUCAUCAAGACGACGGAGAAGCACAGCAAGAUUCGAAUACUGUUCACUUUGGCGAUGUGCCAUAUGAUACGCCUAUCCAUCGCUCUCUCACAAUCGCAAAUACUGGCGGCACGGAGGCGAAUUUCACAUUUGCGGAAAGGCCAAAUUUACAUGAUGACCCGAAGGCGGAAUCGGCCGACUGGCUUGAUGUCCGUGUUGACAAAGCUGGCGAUAGCCACCCUGAGCAAUCGACUACUUCUGUCAGCAGCCAUGCUCUUCUUCCAGGAGAAGUGGCCAAUGUCAUUCUUACAGUGCAUGUUCGCUGCAUCGAACACGUCCGUCUCCUCAACUUCAAGAAGCUCAAGCUGGAGGAGAUUCUUGUGCUUCACGUGGAUAGUGGCCGAGACCACUUUAUCUCUGUCUGCGGACGUUGGCUGCCGACCUGCUUUGGUUGUAGCGUGGACGAGCUGACCCGCAUGCCCGAGGCUGGUGCCCGCAGUCUUGCCACCGGUGACAUGUUCCUCCCUUCAAAAGAUAAUACAGAAGUGCGGUUAUCUGCGCCCCGCGAGCUUUUCCGUCUUACAGAAGCCAUCUCCGAGUUGACGGAGCGCGCGGUAGCCGAGUGGAGCAUGACGAAUGACGAGGUGAAAGAAGAACCACCGUGGAUCAAAGAACCAUCUGGAAGCGCGUGGCCUUUCCAGCCAGAUACAUGGACUUUGAAAAAUCCCCAGGACCGUGCAUCUCUUUUAGGGCCCAUUCGUGAAGCGCUUGACUCCAAUGGAUCCUUCACGGCUAUCUUCCCACCCGAAGUACCAUCAAUUCACCGUCUAGAAGUUCUCGCCCAAACUCUUCUCGCAUUUUUAAAUUCUCUUAGUGACGGUAUCAUCACAGCUGCUGUUUGGCAGGAAAUGGAACAGCAAAUGAUAGCUCGCGAGAAGUCCAAAGAAAUGCCUAGAUCUUGGGAAGAAACCCAAGCUUGGGUCUUGGAGAACCUGGCUUACUCCCCAGCACACAGCGUUUCAUUCACGUUUGUGACUUUUAUGCUUGCCCGGAUCGUCAAUGAAGUCGCACCUGUCCCAUCCAUGACCUACUCUAAAAAGGACGACACCACAAUCGAACCUGCAACGUCUCAUGGUGAUGAAGAGCGGAAGGAUGACGGUAAAAGCCAAGAACCAAUCGCCACAGAGAAUGUUCGGCAACCUCAUACGCCUACUCCGGCCUCUGCGGCUGCCUUCAUCUCUGGGGGCAGUUUCCGUCGCAAGAACCGAUCGCAAACCUCAUCUGCCGGCUCGGACUCUACAAACAAUACACCAACUAACAACUCCACCGCAGCAGGACGCCGGCAGAAAGUUGAGUCUUCUCUGGCUUGUAUUUUCUCUCUUGUGCUCAUCUCCGCCUCCGUUCCUAUUCCCUCGAAGGAUAAAGAGCGCCGGGCCUCUGAUGAGCGGAAGCGAAGCGUUAUUGAACCUUUCUUGAAAAUGAUUGGUGUGGACGAGCGUGGCCCAUCCGGGGGUCGAUAA